CGCUAGCGGUCUACGUAAACAUUUGCUGAAUUUUCGCGUUUAGUACGCCACGCUCCCUCAAUGUUGUGAGAAGUGCGAAUGACACGUUAUGAAUAACAGAAUUGUGUUUCCCAAAUAAAAUAUAUAUUUAAAAUAUUGUGGUUCGGUUAUAAAAAAGAGUCAUAAUGGAGCUUGUUCUGCGAUGUAUACAAUUUUUUAUGUCAAUUGGUUAUGCAAUACUUUAUUGGAUAUUACCCUUUAUGGAACCAAAGAAAAAUCCAGUACGUAUUCCGCCCAUAAGCAAUGAGUUGUUAACAUUUUCAUUGGUCGAAGUAAUUGAGUUGAUGGGACAACGGAAGCUUAAGUCCAUAGAUUUAGUCAGAGCUUAUAUUGAGCGCAUUAAAGAUGUGGAGCCUUAUAUCAAUGCUGUGGUGCAUGAUUGUUUUGACGAGGCCAUAGACGAUGCGUUAUGCGCUGAUAAAGUCAUUGCUGGGACAAAAGAUGAAGACAUACCGGCACUGUUCGAACGUUUUCCUCUCUUGGGUGCACCAUUUACUGUUAAAGAGUCUUGCGGAUUAAAAGGCAUGCCCUUUCGAGUUGGUAGUCGUCAGCGCGCUAACAUGAUAUGCCCCAAGAAUGGUGAGGUUGUAAACCAUCUGGUGAAAGCUGGUGGCAUACCAUUGCUGGUUUCAGUAACUUCCGAGUAUUGCUACGGCAUGGAAACACAACCGGCAACUCAAUACUGUUGCUUAAAUCCACAUAACGAUAGACGUACACCGGGCGGCUCUUCGGGUGGUGAAGGUGCUUUGAAUGGCGCCGGUGCCACCUUGUUUGGCGUUGGUUCGGAUAUCGCGGGUUCAAUACGUCUUCCAAGUUUAUUCAAUGGCGUUUUCGGGCACAAGCCAACUGGUGGCGUCACCUCAAUUGUAGGUCAUUUCCCUAAUUGUCGGGAGCCUGAUGGCCGUGAAUUUCUUCAAAUGGGUCCCAUUACACGCUUCGGUUGCGAUUUGAGUUUACUAAUGCAUGUCAUGGCCGGCAAAAAUGCUGUAAAACUUAACUUGAAAUCGAGAAUAGCAACAAAGGAUAUAAUGGUUUAUUACUCCUUUGGAUUUGAGCAACUCAACGGGUUUUUGCACAAAACUCCAGUUUGCGCAAUGGAGAUGGCUAUUAAAACAGCUGUAAAGUGUUUAGCAAAUCGCGGUUGCUACACCGAAAGGGCUUCAAUGAGCCUUUUCAAAAAUUCACUCGAAAUAUCAAUAAGUGGAAUAGUAUUAUUACAGAGUUUUCCAUAUAUAAUCAAUAGUAAUAGUUCAAAUAAAAUAUUCGAACAUCUUGUUGAAUUUCAUAAGGCGCUUUUGGGGCGUUCAGAAUACACUAAGGAAGGCAUUUAUUUCGAUUUAUUGCGACGUGUAAAUAUUCUAAUAAAAGCUGAGCGUACGAACAAAUACAGAGCGGAAGCAGAAGUGUUGAAAGCAAAUUUGGCUAAAAUGUUGGGUGAUAAUGGUGUACUUCUACUCCCCACAUUCCCGGUACCUGCAUUACAUCACAAUACUUCACUCUUAGCUCUUUGGAAUAUUGAUUAUACGCUGAUCUUCAAUAUUAUAGGCUUCCCGGCGACUCACAUACCAAUGGGCAAGGAUAAGGAUGGUUUGCCAGUUGGUUUUCAAGUAGUUGCUGCGCCUUACAAUGAUAGGUUAUGCUUUCAAAUUGCACGAGAACUAGAAUCCACACUAGGUGGUUGGGUAGUUCCAACGCCACAUGACCUCAACGUUGAUUAGAAAUAAGCUAAAAACUAAGUUAAAUAAGUGUUAAUUUACUUCGAACUAAGUUGUUAAUAAAUUGAAUUGUAAUAAAAGAGAAUAGUAAAUAUAUGAUCUCACAUCAGUGAAGUGCAGUAAAAA